CACAAUCUGGUGGCAUUGUAAAUCAAACAGAGAAAAAAAAAGAGUGAAGUGUCCAAUAACGAGUACUAGGAGCUCUAUAUAUAGCAGCUCCUAUUCAUCACUCUUCUCACACAAGAAAAAACACAGGCGCAGUGUACAAGUAGUGUACUAUACAGUGGACACAACUUUCACAGGCACACUUGCACUCACCGCACAAGCGCAGAUCGACAUGGGCUCUAUCGCUGCUGACGCCGACAAACCGCACGCCGUGUGCGUGCCGUUCCCGGCGCAGGGCCACAUCACGCCGAUGCUGAAGCUGGCCAAGAUCCUCCACCACCGGGGCUUCCACGUCACCUUCGUCAACACGGAGUACAACCACCGUCGCCUCCUCCGCGCCCGCGGCGACGGCGCGCUAGACGGCCUCCCGGGCUUCAGCUUCACCGCCAUCCCGGACGGCCUGCCCCCGUCCGAUGCCGACGCCACCCAGGACGUGCCGUCGCUCUGCCGCUCCACCAGGGACCACUGCCUCCCGCAUUUCAGGACCCUCCUCGCCGAGCUCAACGCCUCCCCCGACGUGCCGCCGGUCACGUGCGUCGUUGGCGACGACGUCAUGAGCUUCACUCUGGACGCCGCCAGGGAGAUUGGCGUGCCGUGCGCCCUGUUCUGGACGGCCAGCGCCUGCGGCUAUAUGGGCUACCGCCAUUACCGCACCCUCAUGGACAAGGGCAUCUUCCCGCUCAAAGACGCGGAGCAGCUGACUAACGGGUUCUUGGACACGCCGGUGGAUUGGGCGCCGGGGCUGAGCAAGCAGAUGCGGCUCAAGGACUUCCCGAGCUUCAUGCGCUCGAUGGACCCUGACGAGUUCAUGUUCCACUUCGCGCUUAUGGUGACAGAGCGGCUGGGCGAAGCGGACGCCGUCCUCUUCAACACCUUCGACGAGCUCGAGCCGGCGGAGCUCGACGAGAUCCGCACCUUGAUCCCGGCCGCCGCGUCCAUCCACACCAUCGGCCCGCUCGCCUUCCUCACUGAGGAGAUCGUGCCCCCCGGCGGCCAGCUCGACGCGCUGGGUUCUAACCUGUGGAAGGAGGACCGCUCCGUCUUCGACUGGCUCAACGGCAGGGAGCCCGGGUCCGUGGUGUUUGUGAACUACGGCAGCGUCACGGUGAUGACCAAUGACGAGCUGCUGGAGUUCGCGUGGGGGCUAGCCAACAGCGGCUACGACUUCCUGUGGAUCGUCCGUCCGGACCUCGUGAAUGGCGACGCUGCCGUGCUGCCGCCGGAGUUCGUGGAUGCUAUCAAGGGGCGCGGCCUCCUGGCGAGCUGGUGCCCGCAGGAGGUGGUGCUGCGUCACGAGGCGGUGGGCGUGUUCCUGACGCACUCCGGGUGGAACUCGACUAUGGAGAGCCUCUGCGGUGGGUUGCCGAUGCUGUGCUGGCCCUUCUUCGCCGAGCAGCAGACCAACUGCCGGUACAAGUGCGUUGAGUGGGGAGUGGCCAUGGAAAUCGGCCACGACGUGCGGCGGGAGGCGGUGGAGGAGAAGAUACGGGAGGCGAUGGGCGGGGAGAAGGGAAAGGAGAUGCGGCGCCGGGCGAUGGAGUGGCGCGACACCGGCCUCCGCGCGACGCGGCCCGACGGGCGCUCGUACGCCAACCUCGAGAAGCUGGUCACCGACGUGCUCCUCUCGAGUGGCAAGACUUGUUGAUCUACUUCAGUCUACUGUUACUACUCAUUGUAUGCAUACCGCUACUAGGAUGCGCCAUUGCUGGGGUUCGUGGUGUUUGGUUGUCCAGGUCAGUACCGGAAUAAGGGUGGAGACACUACGUUAACAAAUGCGUAUACCUUCUAUUUGCUUUUCUUUGCAGUGCAUGUGAUCCGUUGUUUGUACAAGUAUUUUGCGUACAGUUACAACUUUGUAUCUAAACUAUGAAAUUUGUUUACGAGCCACAA